AAUCGGCCGGUUCAGGUAAAAUGGUGAUAAACCUGUCGGUUAUUUAGCAAACCGAUGGUACGAGUGUCAAAUUAUGUGUGGGAGAAUCUUUGGCAAAUAAAGGAGAGCCACAAGAAGUGAAGUGAGGGACCACAUUGGUGAAUGAGUGUGAGUUUCUUCUUUCUUGUGUUGUGUGGUUCAAUGGCCAUUAAGAUAUCUGAAGCAGAAUGGCUUUGUUUUCCAUCUCAAAUCCUGCCGUAGCCUGGAAGAGGAGUCCGCACAGUUUUUUCGGUUGGAACUCCGGCAAGAAAAGAGACGAUCCCCAACCCGAGCAGCCGUCUUACCACGACGACGUCCUUCUUCCUUUCUCUCUCUCCUUGGUUGACAAAACCUUUCUCAAAGGGAGGGAACUGAAGUGUUGUUACAAGGCAAGCAAGGAUGGAUUCAGUGCAACCAAGUUCCAUGAACAUUGUGACUUCAAGGGCCCUUGUGUCAUUAUAGGUUACACCAAAUCUAACAACGAGAACAAGUCCUUCAAAUUCGGAGCCUUUAGCCCGGAAGGCUACAGAAGCACCGAUGACUAUUACGAUACAUUCGAUGCCUUCCUCUUCUACUGGCCCGAGAACGAAGACAGUGACAGUGACAGUAACCGUGAUGAUCCAAUCAUCUUACAGAAGAUAGGUGGAAGUGGGGCCGCUCUAUUCGAUUAUGCAAGAGGCGGGCCACAGUUUGGAGCCGACGGGCUGCUCAUAGGACCGCCCCUGGCUCCUGUGAUGGGCGGAUUUGCGGGUCCAGACACGAACUCGGGGGUCGGGGACUUGAGAAUGGCCAAGUCUAGAUUGGGUUUGUCAUAUGCAAAGAGGAAAGAUGGUAAAGUUUCAAUCUUUGGUGAUGAGAGUAAGGCUGCUCUUGAUGAUGUCUUGGUCUUUUGUUGUCCUGAAAUAGCUAGCUUGUACUAGUACCAGGGGUAUCAAACGGGCCGGGUCGAUCCGAUCCGUACCAAGUCCGCACUCGAUCCGAACCCGCAUUCGGUCCGGGUCCGAGCCUAGUGAUCCAAAAAUAUGAUAUUUAUCAGUAGGAUUAUGCUUUGUUCAUAUUCUUAUCUUGGAUUUUUUUUUU